GCUCCUCUCUCUCUCUACUCUCUACUCUCCCAUCCACCCAAUUCACUGCAGCAUAUAUACACAAAUAAAUAAAUAAACAAAACUUACUAGUCAUAUAUAUCAUCAAGAUUAUAGAUACAUAUAUAUAUAUCAUCGGAUUCAUCGAUCCCGUCGUCGUCAGUAUCAAUCGACCGAUCAAUCCUCUGCUGAAUAAUUCGAUAUUUGAUCAAUGGGUAGGUCUCCCUGCUGCGACAAGGUUGGGCUGAAGAAAGGGCCCUGGACUCCCGAAGAAGACCAGAAGCUCCUGGCCUACAUCGAAGAACACGGCCAUGGCAGCUGGAGAGCUUUGCCUGCUAAAGCUGGGCUCCAGAGAUGUGGGAAGAGCUGCAGACUGAGGUGGACAAACUACCUGAGACCUGAUAUCAAAAGAGGGAAAUUCAGCUUACAAGAAGAGCAGACAAUCAUUCAGCUCCAUGCCCUUUUGGGAAACAGGUGGUCUGCCAUAGCAACGCAUUUGCCCAAAAGGACGGAUAAUGAAAUCAAGAAUUACUGGAACACUCACCUCAAGAAACGCCUGGCGAAAAUGGGGAUCGAUCCGGUAACUCAUAAGCCCAGAAAUGACGCCUUGUCGGCCGCCGGCGCCGGCGCCGGCGACGGCGGUGAAAAUUCCAAGACCGCCGCUAAUCUCAGCCACAUGGCGCAGUGGGAGAGCGCUCGCCUCGAAGCCGAAGCUAGACUGGCUCGUCAAACUCGGCUCCGCUCCGGAUCCGGCGGCGGCUCGUCCUCGGCUGGCUCGUUUCAGGCGGCGGCGGCGGCUGGAGGGGAGAGCUCUGAAUUCGGCUCGUUUCCAAGCCAGCUGAUGAAGCCGAGCUCAAGUCUCGGCGCGGUCAAGGCUUGGAGCGGCGGCUCAGCCGUGUGGGCGGCGAACCCUAGCGAGCCAAUCGGCGGCAUUUCCGGCGGCGGGAUAGAAUCGCCGACGUCGACGCUCACCUCCGCCGCCGGAGUAGGAGAGAGCUUCGCCGCCGCCGCCGCGAGCGACGGCGGCAGCGGCGGAAUGAUGAACGAUGAAGGCGAUCGAUUUAGGCAUUUACCGGAAUACAAGGACGGAAUAAUCGAGAACUCCAUUCUGCCAUUUCUCUCGAGUUCUUCUGAGCACGUUCCUUGCCUGAAUUUCGUCGAGAAAUUUACCGACCUUUUGCUGAGCUCCUCCUCCGGCGACCGGAGAUUCUCGGACGACGACGGAGGCAGCCGUGGCGAAGAUUAUUGCGAAGACAACAAUAAUUACUGGAACAGCAUUCUGAAUCUGGUGAAUUCUUCGCCGUCCGAUUCGCCAUUGUUUUGAUCGUCGUCGUCGUCUUCUUCCAUUGUCGUCUUCUUCGUUAUGCUGUAGCAGUUCAAAUGUAGAGUAUAUGCCCACCUUUUUUAAAAAAUUUAAUUAUUUCUAAAACCAUUAUAAAUAAUAUUAAUAUGAAAUCAAUUAAUUAAUAUAGUAAUAUACUAAAAUAUUUAUAUCUAUAUAAUAUUACAUUAUAAUAGAAA